AUGUUCCGAGCGGCUAUUCGGAUCUUCUUUAGAUGGACGAGAUACUCAGCACUCGGCGGGGUGAUACCGCAUACGAGGUUCAUAGUGUUCAAGACGCCUCUGAACGAUCGGCUUCUCACAAGAGUCGAUCCCUCGCAGAGGUUCACUGUCAGCAAUCUCAUGUGGAUGUUGGCUGAACGCGGUCUUCGACUUGGCAUGGUUGUUGAUCUCACAGAUACUGAUCGGUAUUACGAUAAAGCAGAAAUUGAGGGAAUGUGCAUACAAUACCAGAAAAUAAAUUGUCCAGGUCGAGGUUUCGUUGAAAGGUCAGAAUGUGUUGCGGAAUUUAACAAGGCGAUCCAAGAUUACAUCGAUAAAUCUGAUGAUGAAGAAGCCCUAAUCGGAGUGCACUGCACUAAUGGCGUAAAUCGCAGCGGAUAUCUGAUUUGUCGAUUUCUGAUCGAGCGCCUUGGGUGGUCGUCGCACGAAGCAUUGGAUGCAUUUGAACGCGCAAGAGGUUAUCCAAUUGAGAAAGGUUCAUACGUGCAAGCACUGCAUAAAGCUGCAAUUCAGUCCCGCAAUCGAAGAGAUGCUUCCGACGAUAGUGACUCCGAGGAGCGCCGUCGCAAAUCGAAAAAGGCAAAACGAAAGCGUGAAAAAGAUGAUAUGUCAAACUUCACCGAUAGUGCUAGCCAAAUGGGUAAUAUCAUGCAGCAGUUCUUUGCCCAACUACAAGGAGCUCAUCAGGCUGCUGAAUCUGGUAAUGGAUCAGGCUACGAGGGUUCUCCUGCUCAGAGUGGUAGCUAUGUUGCUUCACCUGCUCAACAACACUGGGCUUAUCAAACAAAGAACCAAAACCUGAAUCCGUCAUAUUCUGAAAGCCCGGCUGAUCAAAGUAUGCAAGAUGAAGAAAUGGAGGAAGGAGAGGAAUGCGAAGGCGGUGAAGAAUCCGAAAUUGGCGCUGAACAAUCUCAAGUGAAGUCCACUGCACAAAAGCGUCGUGAUAGAAGGAUGAGAAUGAAGAAUAUGCUUUCGGUGAUGAAACGUGGUCGCUUCCACGAGAUUCAGGAGAUGCAGCGCGAGUUCGUCGCCAGAAGCGGAACCCAGUGA